GACAGAUUACACUCAAAAAGGCAGACCAGGAAGAACAGCUAUAGCAGAUUGACUUUCUGUACCUGGAAAAAUGACACGCUCCUGGCAGCAACUGUUCAGAGAUUACUUUGUAAAGUGGCACAAAAACCGUCUGGUAGCCAAAGACGGACGUUGCAACAUUGAAUAUGGAAAUGUGGGUUACAGCAGUCAUUUUGCCUAUGUGCAGGACCUCUGGUCCACCUUUGUGGAGAUCCGCUGGCGUUACAUUAUUUUACUGUUUGUGGCCUCCUUCACCCUUAGCUGGUUCAUUUUUGGACUUAUUUGGUACUGGGUUGCUCUUAAUAAUGGUGAUCUUUGGUGGCAAACUCCACCUUUAGACCACAAACCCUGCAUAUAUAAUGUUUUUGGCCUCACGAGUGCUUUCCUCUACUCCUUGGAAACACAGACAACAAUUGGCUACGGUCUGCGAGUGCUCAGUCCAUAUUGCCCGGGUGCUGUCACUAUAAUUAUUGUCCAGUCCAUUGUUGGUUUGUUUAUUAACUGCUUCUGGUGUGGCCUGGUUAUGGCAAAAAUUGCUUCACCCAAGAAAAGAGCCAAAACCAUUACCUUUAGCAAAAUUGCAGUUAUUUGUCACAAAAAUGCUGACCUCUGUUUGCAGAUAAGAGUGGCAAACUUGCGUAAAACCUUAAUGAUUGGAAGCCAGCUAUAUGGCAAGCUGCUUAGGACAACAGUCACUCCAGAAGGUGAGACCAUAAUUCUGGACCAAGUAAAUAUCGAUUUUAUGGUAGAUGCUGGAAAAGAUAACCUCUUCUUCAUUUGUCCGUUGACCUUGUAUCAUGUAAUUGACAAGACAAGUCCAUUUUUUAAGUUUGCUUCAGACACCAUUCUUCAACAGGAGUUUGAGCUGGUGGUGUUUUUGGAUGGCACAGAUGAGUCCACCAGCUCCUCCUGCCAAGUCAGGACGUCCUACAUCCCUCAGGAGAUCAGGUGGGGUUACAAGUUCCUUCCCAUCAUCUCCCGCAGUAAAGAAGGGAAAUAUUGUGUAGACUUCUCCAAUUUUGACAGAGUGGAGCUAAUUCCAACGGCACACUGUGCUCACUGCUUCUACAAUGGACAAAGCCAUCAUAACAGCCUCAGAAAUGGCAUUGAUAACCAGGGUUUUGAAAUGAUUGAAAUUAUUGAUCAAAUAAAUACUAAUGACUAAUGAAAGAUGAACCUCUAGAUACUCUUAAAGGCCUAUUUGCUCUAUUCAUUAUGCUCUUCAGCAUCAAUAACCAUUGCCAUCAUAUGUGCCUAUAUUUCCAUUUUCAAUUGAAUAAAAUAAUCAA